AUGGAUUCUAAAGACAAGCGGAAAUUUGAUGGGAAUACAGAUGAUCCUCAGCCCGGAUCGGUCUCGAAGCAGCGGAAGGUAAUCGGACCUUCUCUCCCUCCGCCUCAGGCCGACACAGCAAGCAGUGAAACUAGCAAAAAUGACGAUGAUGAUGAUGAUGAUGAUGAUGAUGAUGAUGAUGAUGUCGGUCCAAGCCUUCCUCCAUCUGGUCUAGUGGAAGAUCAUGUGCAGCAAGAGUUUACGGCUCCCGAUAUAUCUCAAUCAGUGGAAAGAGAAAGCCAGCGAGAUCAAUGGAUGCUGCAACCUCCUUCCCAUUCCGACUGGUCUUCCAAAAUUGACCCUACACAACUACGAAAUCGCAAGUUCAAUACAGGCAAAUCGGCCACGGCAUCUAAGAACAUGGAUUCCUCGUGGAUUGAGUCUCCAGAGGAGCGAAUGAGACGACUACAGGAUGCAGUUAUGGGCGUUGCUACUUCAACGAAUCAGCCCGGGGACCACAAAGGUGCUUCAAACGCGAAAUUGAUGGAGGAUCAAAUCAAGAGAUACAAGGACAUGACUGGGAAGAACACUCGCCUAGAGAACCCAAGUCAGGCUGCGAAAGAAGAUGAUGAUCCGAGUGCGCGCGCGUUUGAUCGAGAGAAAGAUAUGGCAGUUGCUUCAAAGAUAUCUAGUGCCCAGCGCCGAGAGAUGGUCAAGAAGGCUGCAGAUUACAACACACGUUUUACCAAGGGCAACUUCUUAUAG